CCAAGAGAUGGCGCCCAAUGUUAAGGAAGCCCCCCUUUACACCGGAGUGUUGGACGAGGGCGAGCCCGUACCAGACUACCUGAGCGCCAUCGCCACGGCGGAGGCCGAGGAGAAGACCAAGUCGUACCGCGAGCUGCAGCCCAUCCUGUGGGACCGCGUGGCCGGUCACCUCGUGUUCAACCUCCUGUCCGUCUACGCCGUCAAGCUCAUCUUCACGGACGCCAAGCUCCUGACCACGGCAUGGGCCUUCCUGCUGUUCAUCGCGGGUAACCUGGGCGUCACCUCGGGCGUGCACAGGCUGUGGAGCCACCGGGCCUACCGGGCGAAGCUGCCGUGCCGGCUGCUCCUGGCCGCCUUCUACACCAUGAGCUGGCAGGGCACCAUCUACCAGUGGGCCAUCGACCACCGCGCGCACCACAAGUUCACCGAGACGGACGCCGACCACGUGAACGCCCGCAGGGGCUUCUUCUUCUCGCACAUCGGCUGGCUGCUCUGCAAGAAGCACCCCGACGUGAUCCGCUUCGGGAAGACGAUCGACUGCUCCGACCUGCUCGCCGACCCCGUGGUCUACUACCAAAAGAAGUACUACUACGUGUUCAUGCCGAUCCUGUGGUACCUGAUCCCCGUGGCCGUGCCCAUGCUGCUGUGGGGUGAGACGCACUCCAACGCCUUCCUCGUGGCCGUGGCGCUCCGCUUCACGCUCGGCCUGCACGCCAUCUUCCUCGUCAACUCCGUCGCCCACAUGUUCGGCUCACGCCCCUACGACAAGUGAGUAGCGCGUGACGACGCUGACCGACAGG